AUGAAGGAUAUGGAAUCCGAGAUUCCCACAAAUAUAGAAUCUUGUGAAGAAGAUUCUCCACGGGUUAUUGAAACACGGGUCGAAAAAAAUAGUAAGGAUUUUAUUUAUAAGAUUACUAUUAUUCUUCAAGUGAAAGAUGAUCCUAAGACUUAUAAGGAAACAAUAAUUUCAAGGGACUCCUCUUGUUUAGAAGAAAGUAUCAGUGUGAUGGAACGUAUUUAUCAUUUUGACACAUAUGCACUAGUAGCAAACACAACGAAAAUUAGAGUAUCAUUUGCAUUAGCUUCUUUGCAUGAUCUUAUAGUUUCUCUGAUGGUUGUCAAAAUAACAUUCAUAAAUAGAGAUCUCGAUGAAGAGAUUUUCAUCGAGCAACUAGAAGUGUUGGCUUCAUGGUUUAGAUUAAAAUAUCCUCAUUUGACUAUUGGUGCUUUGGCCUCAUCUGCUCCUAUCCUCAGCACUGAUGAUAUCGUUCAUCCCAAUGCUUAUAUGGAUGUUGUUUCAAGGGAUUUUAAAGAAGUCAGUGACACGUGUUAUGAAACAAUACUUAAUUCUUGGUCUGAAAUUGACAGAGUAACUUCUGAAACAAACGGUCUUUCUAUUCUUAGCAAAAAAUUCAACACCUGCAGUCCAUUGAACAACUCUUCUGAAUUGUCUGGUUAUUUAGAAAACAUGUAUGUUUUUGCUGCUCAAUACAAUCAUCCUUCGAGUUCUCCGGUUACUACUAUAUGUAAUGGAAUUGAUAAAGCUUCUUUUGGAAAUGAUGUUCUUGAUAAAAUAUAUUCUGGCAUUGUGGCUUUCAUUGGAAAUGACACAUGUCAAAUUAAUGAUCCUACAUCUAUAUCUGAGACACCUAUAUCUGAGACUGAUAUUGAGACUGAGACAAGGAUGGGUUGGGGAUGGCAGAUAUGUAGCGAAUUGGUGGUACGACACGGAAUAGGAAAUGAUACUAUGUUUCGACCUUCCCCCUUUGACUUAGAGAAAUACAUUUCAAAUUGCAAGGAAGAAUAUGACGUUUCUCCUCGCUCACAUUGGAUUUCUACCUACUAUGGAGGCCAUAAUUUGAAGACGAUUCUUCAAAGAUUUGGAAGUAAUAUUAUUUUUUCAAAUGGGUUACAAGAUCCUCUUAGUAGUGGCGGAAUUCUACACGACCUAUCAAAAAGUAUUGUUGCUAUAUAUACAAAAAAAGGAUCUCAUUGUCUAGAUAUUCAGUCUUCAUCACCGAGUGAUCCAGUAUGGCUGAUUAAACAAAGAAAACAAGAAGUCAAGAUUAUAAAACGGUGGAUUGCACAAUAUUACACUGAUCUUGAUGCACUCCAUUGAGUACCACAUUUCCAAAAUAAUUUAUUUAUAGAAUAAAAAAAACAGUGUGUUUAUUAACUAUUGUCAUGCACUUGUCAGAGUAGUGUUUGAUAUUCUUAUGAAUCGUUGUGAUCGUUUUCUCUUUAUGUGUCCUUAGACUUUUUUUAUGUAUAAGAUAUAAUAAUAGUAAUCAUCUCUGAUGAUUACAAUUUUAUAUUGAUCAUGAAUAAUAUACUAUGGAAACUAUCAUUUGGAAAAAACAAAA